UAUUUCAAUUUUAAGUAUACUACAUACACGUCCCAGUCAAAAAUUUUCUUAUGUACGACCUUCAAAUUAAAAUACAUACGAAUACAAAUAUAUAAAAGAACUGGAAUUAUAACGUGUGUUUUAUGAGUUUUAUAGUAAGACAAUACAGGUUACCAUUUGAAACAUUUAUUCAUCGGUUCCGAAGGAUACGAAGUUUGUUACCGUGAAAUGUGAACGUUAGAAAGAUCUAAAUUACGUCAAUAGAAUUUGCGGAUAUGGUCAUUUAGGCGAUGGAAACCUUCAUGAUAUUCGAAGUAUGAUGAAAAAAUCAAGAAAACAAUUGAACCGAUCGCCUGGAAAUGGAUUUUCAAACACAGAAGAAGUAUCAAUAUCUUCAUUUUUCAAAAACCCACAAAGAAAAUGAUAUGAUGAAAAGCUUGAAAUCUAGUACUGAUUCAAAUACUCGUAUGAGUGAUGGAAAUAUUCGUUUGAACGUUUCCUUCAAAGAUUCUAACGCCGAGUUCUUGAAUUUCGUCGAAACGUUUAUUUUCAAAUGGACCUCUGAACACAGAGAAAGUGUCAGGGCUGAGAUCGAUAUCGGAUUUUUGAAACCAGGAUUCCGUCAAUACUCCAAGACUGCCAACGAAAUCGAAUCAAUGAAACAGUUCGAAAAUUUACUCUAUCCUCAAGGAAUCUUAAAUCUGUACAAACUACAAAGUUCUACCAUCAGCGUAAAUUGUGCCUUGAUUCCAUAAUUCAUACCUAUUUGUUACCGUUUUAUUACGAUUUUUUGUUACUAGGUUUUUUCUUAGGUAGCCAUAAGGUUGUAGUCGAUUAAGAUCUGCACGUUGCAUUGUUUGUAAUGUAUCCAUUUUCCAUUUUAGACACCACUGAUCGCAUUCGUUGAUAUUAAUUGAGUUCAAAGUGCAGUUUAGCAUUUGCAAAUUUUCCAUCGCCAUUUGUUAUUCGCGUAUCACACAUGUCACUGCAUCUUUGAAGUUUUUCACUUCAAAAAGAAUUGAGAGAUAAAGAGAAACGGUAUACAUUAAACGCAUAGUUACUGCGGAACGCAUCUAUGGGUUAUUCGCCGAUAUUCACAUGUACUUGGAUCGUAAACUGUACCGCUUGAACAAAUACUAAUGGUGAAAAAAUUAAAUAAAUUGACAUUUAUUGUUAAAGAAUUAUUCGCCAGGAAUAAAUUAUUCAUAUCAUCAACGCGAUGCCUUGUCAAAUUUAUUUUCAUUAAUGCCACAUUAUUCGGCGUCAUUUUUUUCAGCUAUAUUAACUAGAAUUUUGACGUGUUUAACAUACGCGCUCAAGAGAUACCUAUCUAUCUAUAGCAAUUAUUUAUACAGUUGCGAAGCUUUUCUAUCUGGUGUUUUUAAACUAGAAAGAAUACUUUCAUUGUGCUGUUUUUUUUGCUGAAGGUUCAGCAUCAGCAGUUGUCAUCUUUCGAGGUGGUGUACCUACGCGUAUCUCAAUCAGCAAUCACAUCAUGAGAAACAUGGCCUUGCCUAAUCACAAAUUUUAGCUAAAAUUACCCAAAAAAAAUCGACGUAUAAUUAUUUAAAUAAGCCUACCUUUACACCUUAGGCGAUAGAAUUCUCAUCGGAAAUAGGAAAUACUGAUAAACACGCUUUCCAUCCUAUAAUAAUUAUUUUGCCAGCCAACUGGAAAAUUUUUAUAUUCCGUUUACUAUUAGAUAUAGGUAGUUGAUUUUUCUAUAGAAUGAAAACGUAUCCACUAUUGCUAGCGACAUUGUUGGUGGUAUUCGAUUUAAGCGAAUGUUUCGAAGUUCCAAACUGGCAUCCUGUAUUCUCCGGCUUAUUUCGCAUAGGAUUGGUGGAGUCUCAGAUUUGGCCAAAGUAUAAGUAUAUUUUCCCAUAUCGUUUGCAAUCUCCGGUGGAUAUCACCUUAGCUAAAGCCCAGGAAAGAGAUCUGCCACCUUUGGCGAUACAUUUCCCUUGGAAUUCAUCCGAAGAAAUGGUAUCUAUCGAGAAUACCGGAUAUUAUCUUGAGGUUUUGUUACCUCAUGAGGUAGAAGAAAGACCAUUUAUAUCUGGAGGUCCUUUGUACAAUGCUAGAUACAUAUUUGAGCAAUUACAUUUUCAUUGGAGCGAAGAUCUAUACUGCGGUAGUGAGCAUUUGCUUGCUGGCAGAUGCUACUCUACAGAAGUUCAUGUUGUUUACUAUUACGAAAUUUAUGGUAGCUUUGAAGAAGCAUGUAAUCAUCCUGACGGUGUAGCUGUGCUUACAUUUUUCGGAGACCUCAGCGCUGAUGACUCCGAUAAUCCAGAUUUGAAAUACUUGAUUCAAGAAUUUUCAAAAGUCACCGAACCUGAAAGUAAAACCAGCGGUUCGUUUAAUAAAGAGUUCAGAUUUUUGGACGUUAUAUUCAAGCAAAAAACGUAUUUCUCUUUCCCCGGAUCUUUGACAACUGACCCGUAUUCCGAAUGUGUGACAUGGAUCAUUUGUCCAGAACCUUUUGACAUUUCAUCGAGACAACUGGAAGCGUUUAGGACAUUGAAAGCAAAAGAUGGCCAUAAUUUGAAUCAUAACGAUCGAGAAAGACAAAAAUUCUCUAAUCGACCAGUCAUAACUCCAUCUAAUGUGAAAAAGUUUAAAUUUUUCCAAGAGAUUUCAUUCAGCAGUGGUGUUUGGUUCACUCAAUCUCGAAUAUGGCCCUAUGCCAAAUACAUAUUUCCUUAUAGAAUACAGUCACCUAUCAAUAUUAGCAUAGAAAAAGUGCAGUACAGGAUAUUGGCUCCUCUGGAAAUUCAUUUUCCAUCAAAUUCAUCCGAAGGGAUGUUAUCCAUCGAGAAUACAGGAGAUAAAUUUAGUGUUGAAAUGUCACCUUCUCGUGUCGCUGUACAAGAUGGGCCAUACUUGACUGGAGGUCCAUUAUUAGAUGGAAGAUAUUUAUUUCAACAAAUGCAUUUCCAUUGGGCAGAAAACAACUCAUGUGGUAGCGAACAUUUGAUUUCUGGAAAAUGUUUUUCCAUCGAAGCUCAUCUCGUUUAUUAUCACGAAAUUUAUGGAAGUUUUCAAGAAGCAAUCAACCAUGCUGAUGGGUUAGCAGUGGCCGCAUUUUUUGGAAAGCUCACACUUGGUGACUCUGAUAACCCUGAAUUGAAAAAAUUAGUUGAAAAAUUGUCAAUGAUUAUUGAGCCAGUGAAAAAAACUGAAGGUUCAUUCGACAACGAGUUCAAAUUUCUGAGAAAUAUUUUCAAACGACAUUCGUAUUAUUCUUAUCCUGGAUCAUUAACAACUCCUCCAUAUUCAGAAUGUGUGACGUGGUUUAUUUAUCCGGAACCGUUUGCUAUUUCAUCAGCGCAACUGGAGUCCUUUAGAAAGUUACGAGGAAAAACGACUCAAAAUUUGGAACCAACAAUUCGUGCUUUACAAGAUUUUUCUGGUCGACCGAUGAUAACACCGUCCGAAUAAGGAAAAUCAGAUUAUAGUUAAUUUCAUGUAGGCAUUGUAAUGUUUUUCAAAAAAAAAAAAAAUACUCCAAAACUUUGGGGCAGCUGUAACUCUGGGAAUCUUUUUCUAAGCCAUUUCUGAAAAUCAAGUAUCUAGGUUACAGAUAUAUCUAUUAUUCAAUGAACUUUGUGAGUGGUAAGUACAUAUCUACCUAAUGUUCAAUUGUGCAUACUAUGGCCAAUAUAUUGUUUUACAACUCA